AGUUGAAAAUUGUUAACACUGAAAAGUUUAAUCAUUUAUCCUUGUUUUAUUUUUAGUUUGAUUAAAAAUUGGCCAUUUUUUUUUAUCUUUUUUGGUAUGACCUUUAUACCGGAGGUUGGCUAACCUGUUUGAUCAAAACCUGAGGUGUACUUUUCAUCAUUGAGAUUCGACUUCAGUUUGGGUAACGCGAGGAGCACCCUUGGAACUCGGGAGCGUAGAAUCCCUUUUUGGAAUUAUUAAUUUUGUUUGUGAACAGAUUGUGUUUGUGUUUUGGUUUAUCCUUUUAUCGAACGAAGUCUGUUAAAUGACUGCAAAUCCGCGUUAAAUGAAUCUAAAGGAAUUUCGACUCGAGGUGGAAAUUUCACUUCAAAUAUAAGAUUUGAAGGAAACUGUUGAAAAUGUCAAGUACUUUCGUGGCAGAUAGCACCGAGGACAAAGAUGAUUCUUUGAUUAUCAUUGUUAACCCUGAUGGUACAAUCACAGUCGAUCCUGAAACUCUUCAGAAACUGAUUGCAAACCAACAUGGAAAUGUAAGUGUUGUUAGAGUUGAUGGUGAGGGAAAUGCAAGCUCAGAAGAACAAGCUGAUACUGAUGCUUCUCAUGUCAAUCUAACAGUUGAAGGAUUUUAUUCAAACCCACCCCAAGAAACUACUGUACUGUCAGAAGUUCCAGUUGAAAAUGAUACUGGAAACAAUGAUGUUGUUGUGGACCCGUUUUCUGAGAUGGAACCGGAGCAUAUUGCACGGCUUGAAUCUGCCCUGCAAUCAGACCAGGCCAAGGAAAUUCUUGGUCACAAGCUUGGGGACAAUCUUACAGAAAUGCUUGACAUUUUAGAACGCAGUGAUGAAAAAGACACCCCUUCCUUACCUGGUCCUCAGAUUAUUCCGCAGCAACAGGCUGCUGAUCACCCUCCACUUGAAACAAUUGUUCAUAAUGACCAUAGUUACCACCUUUACCAGCCCCAGCCAUCUGUACAAGUUAUGCCUCCAUCUAUACUAUCAAGGCCACUCAUGAGGGGAGGACGUGCUAGGGUGCGUGGUACUGGGAGAAUAUUGACAAGGGGUGGUAUCACAAGAGCACCUGUUAUUGCUGCACAGUCUCAACCAACGUCACAGCCAACUAUGGUCGUCGCUGCUCCUAAGGUUACAAAGAGCAUAAUCUGCAAUCAGAGUGGGAGACUGGUCCAACAACCAGCCGUUUUAGUUGCAUCUGACAUCAAAGUUCAAAAGAAAAUUAUUGCAACAAAAGUGCCAACUACUCAAUCUGGAAUUUUAUCUUCAACACCAAGAAUUUUGACGCAAUCUGCCGUAACUAGUGACACAGCAGUUGUCAGGACACCAUCAGAACUCCAAAAGAAAUCACUUGUUCGUGGGGGAAAAGUAACUAUCAGGACACCCAAAAGCAAGAGAGUAACUACCACGAUCAUAACUCCAGGGUUAACACCAUCACAAGACAAUGAAGCAGAGAAGCUUAAGCAACAGUUGGAGGAUGAAAUAAUUGAGGUGCAUUCACCAAUCCCCAAAAUUGAUCCCACAAUUCCUAAUGCUGACAAAAAACUAACCUUUCAGCAAGUUGUAACUAUAUUGAAGAAAAAGCCUUCUGUUGUUGUUCAAAAGCUCUCACCAAAAGUUGUUGAGGCUUCCCUUAACAGGAACAAUGUGGUGAGCAAAACCAAACCAAAAGAGGUCAUUAAAUAUGAUUCAAAAACCCCAGGAAAGGGUGAAACUUUAGUCCCUACGUUACCGAACACCCCCAAUUCUUUGAUAACAUCACCUACUGCAACAGCAAAAGUUGUAAAAUCUUCAGAUGUGGAUGAUACAAAAAAAAAGAAGGAGCGAGGCAAAUGGUCAGCACAGGCUAUGCCAGUUGUGCUUGGCCCUGAACUUUUUUCAACGCCUGAUAUCAUCAGGAGGGUAAGCACAGAAAAGGCCAGUGUUAUUGAAACACCCCCUACAGAAACACAACUUCAUCUUCCUGCUGGAACUCCUUUAUCAGAAAUGGUGGUUGAAAAACCAUCAAACACAUCUAAAGGGGAACCAGAAUCACUCAAAGUUCAAGUUCAACCGCUUCAUCCACCUAUAGUUUCAGCAAAAUGUGAGGAGAUGUCAGCAGAAAGUCUUUUAGACAGUAUACAUGCUGAGGUAGCCAAAGAUGAAUCGAGGUUUCUUGCAGAGGCAUUACUUUUUGAUGAACUUACAAAUGAUGAGGAUGCAAUGGGAUCUAUCAAGAUGAUUGAUUGCCAAAUCGAGGAGACUUUAAAGAAAAUGGAAAUUGGGCAGGAUCAGCCACCUCUAGCCAGUUCUGGUGCGAUGAUAACCCCUGGACAAGAAGGCAAACAAACUGAUGAGAUAUCCACUUCCUCCUUACCCACUUUGAGGAAGCUACCGCCGAUAGAGUUACCAGCCACCAGAUCAGCUACAAAAAAAGCAGCUGCUGCAAAAGUGCAGGAUUCCCAACAACCGAGGGAAGUUCACAAGCAAGAAACCCGAAGAGCUUCAGUUGAUUCCAAAAAGUCCAAUGUUGAAAAAAAAAAUUUGCUGAAGAGUAAAGAAUCAGAUGGGGAAGACGAUCAAGACAGCGAUGACGAAAGCUGGAAUUCAGAAGAUGAUCCAGAUAGGCUUUGGUGCAUUUGUAAAAAGCCACAUAACAACAGGUUCAUGAUAUGCUGCGACAGUUGUGAAGAGUGGUUUCAUGGUAAGUGUGUGGGCAUCACCAAAAGUCUUGGGCAGCAAAUGGAACAGCAGGGAGUUGAGUGGUCUUGCCCUACUUGCAAAGAGACAAAACUGAAACACAUUCAAAAGUCUAAUCAGGAAGUGACUCCACUACAGAAAGUGGAUUCUAAGCCCCAAGGAGAAGAACAGCCUAUUACUACUAUUGAGUGUAUUGUUUGCAAGAAAAUGGCAAAAGAUAAUAAUAACUUCUGCUCUGACAUAUGUAUCAAGAAGCAUGUCCUUAUGAUGUUGGCCAUGCUUAAAAGAGAAACAGUAGGACUAAAUCCUGCUACAAAAGUGGUCGUAUAUGAGAAAAAAACUGGAAGACUUCUCUCUGGUGAAAAAGCUCCUUCAGUUGUAAAUCUGGCAGACUGGCUUAUAUCUCAUAAAACAUUUGAAGUUGUAAAGCCAAGUAUUUUGCCUUUGAACAAAUAUUACAAAACGGCAGUUGCAAAUAAAGUCAGCACUGUGGAGAUGCCAAAUAAAACACAAACACCAUCUAAGCCCCAGUUAACUCAAAACACAGACCCAUCACCGGUAAAAACAUCGUCACCUUUAGCAACUAAACAAGCUACAGUAGAAAAACACCCGUUCUCAGUCAAACUCUUACAGCCUGUAACUAAAACAUCCAGCUCACAAAAAUUGGUAUCAAGCCAAAAAAACGUUGCGACUCCAUUGAAGAAUAUUCAUACCAAUCAGAAAAACCUUCAAACAAGUCAGAAGAGUAUUCAGAAUGCUUCUAAAGCAGCCCAACUCAGCCCAAAAGCAGUCCAGCCGAACCCGAAGUCUGUUGUACCCAUUCCAAAGGUUAUUCCAUCAAGUCCCAAAAUCAUUCAACCCUGUCAGAAAACUGUACAGAUCAUCCAAGCUCAGCCACAUACACCUUUGACGACAGUGAAAGCAAAGGCUGAGGAUUCAGAGAAAACUAAGAAGAAAACACAGGCAACAUCUGUCACCCCAAUUCUUGACAAGAAGAAGGAAGACAAAUCUGAGGCCAAGCUUGUUAAAAAAGAUAAAAAGAGUAGUAGUCAGAGUGAGAGUAAAAGUUCAUGCUCUACACCUACUGUUAAGCAGGAAGAAACUCCAAAACAACAGCCUGAGCCUAUUAGGGCUAAUGUGAAGAGGACUUUACAUGAACUAUUGCAACAGAGGGUUAAACAAGAUCCUGAGCUAAACAUUCUAACAGAUGAAAUAAAAGAGCUUGUUACUUCUAUUGAGGAGGAGCUAUUCAAUCUAUUCAAAGAUACUGGCGCCAAAUACAAGGCUAAGUACAGGAGCCUUGUCUUUAACAUCAAAGAUGCUAAGAAUUUAACUCUGUACAGGAAAAUUGUAGAGAAGUCAGUGAGUCCCAGCCAACUGGUUAGGCUUUCACCAGAAGAGCUAGCAUCACAAGAAUUGGCUCAGUGGAGAGAGAAGGAGGCAAAACACCAAAUAGAAAUUAUAAAGAAAAAUGAGUUGGAUCUGAUUUAUCAAGCAAAAACUGUUGUACUUAAGAGUCGAAAAGGUGAAGAGGUAAUCGAAUCCAAAAACCAUGAAGCAAAUAUUACAGAACUAGAAUCUGCUUUAAAUAGAACGGCUGAUGAUUAUGAAAUUGAAAGUGCAAAACAGGAGAAAAAAGAUGGGGAAACAGCAUUGUUAAAUGUGAACCUUUCAACAUCCGUAGAAAAGAAAAAGAAAGAAGAAAAGAAAGAUGAUAGGAAAAAAGAUAAGAGGAGAGAUAGAAAAAGGUCACAUAGAAGCAGGAGUAGGUCAGGCCAUAGGAGCAGAUCCAAAGAGAGUAGGUCGAGUCAAAGUAAAUCAAAAGAAAUAAAUAAAACUGAUUCCAAAGAAAAGAGCAGAAGUAAAUCAAGAGAUGAGUCCAAAAGAAGUCGAAGUAGGUCUAAAGAGAGGUCUAAAUCAAGAGAUGUUAAAAGAACAGACUCAAAAUCAAAUUCGGACAAAAUUCCUUUGAAUAUAAAGAAGGAUGAUGAUCCACCGUUACCACCCUACUGUGACACAAAAAUAGAUAUGGAAAGGUCUUUGACACCACCACCUCUAACUGAAAAUCAACUCAAAGAAGAUGACUUGUCAGAUAGGGAACCGUCAUCAACUGUCACAAUAAACACUCCGCCAUAUAUAGAGGACAAGCCACCAUUCUGGUCCGGUAUUCUAAACAUGAGUGAGGUGACCAAAUUGUAUACAUCAGCAUAUGAGGUUUCAGGGAGUUGUGAAGGUCUUGAUAUCGAAUUACUCUCAAAUCUAGAAUGUGUCGGUCGGAUCCAGCCUGACGCUGUCUGGGAUUAUGUCUCGCGCAUGAAGAAGGCUGGCACCAAAGAUAUUGUUGUCAUCCGGUUCCAAUCUGAAUCCGAAGAGGAGAAAAUGAACUAUCUAAGUCUCUAUAGCUACCUCAACAGCAGGAACCGAAUGGCUGUUAUUGGUGCCAUAUCAAAAACGGUCAAAGACUUCUAUGUUUUACCACUUGCUUCUCAUAGUCCAAUACCGCAAGUUCUUUUACCACUUGAUGGCCCUGGCUUUGAUGAUUAUAGGCCACACCUCUUGCUGGGGAUAAUAAUUAGGACAAAAAAGGGAAACACUUCAUUAUCACUCCCUUCAAUUAUUCAUAAAAAAAAAUCCGUGUGUCAAAGCAAAAUAGGAGAGAGGUCAUACACACCACCACUACCUGAUGGAACCACAACUCCUCCAUUGCCACCAACUUCUGCACUGAAACGUCUACCUUUAAGAGGCUUAACACCUCCCUUACCUGAUUUGGAUGAUGAGCCAUACAGUCCUGGUGAGGAUGACCCUUAUUCCCCAGAAGAUAUGGAAGCAGAAAGCAUAAUUGUUAAACCAAACCCUGAAAUUCAGCGCAAUCUUGAGGAAGUCAACCGCAUGAUUGAGGAAAAGAGACAAAAAAUUGAAAUCAUGACUUCAGCUGCCUCUCUUCCACCCAAUGUUAUACCCGGCAUUACAGACUCUGCAUACACAAUGGAUGAUGAAAAUGAUGCUUAUAGUCCAAGUGCAAGAUUUACCCCACCCACUACUUCUGACUCUAUUCCUUUCUUUGAUUCUAAAACUUUACCUGAUAUAAAACUGCCAUCGAAUCUACAAGAAAUUUUAGCAAGCAUCAAAGUUCCUGACUCACUUAAUGGCCAAUCACGGGUUUUAGAUGUUAACUCUGAUCCAAUAGUCAGAGCUUACACUAGUGCUGCUUACCGGGAUGAGGAUGAUGACCAUUCUGAGGAUGAGCUGUCUGGGCCGAUCCAAGAAAAAACCAGCCGUGACCCACGGCAGAGACCAAUUAUUUUGCCCAAAUCUUCUUUGAGUCAGCUCUCAGAUGCAGAUCUUAUCAGGAAAGCAGCCGAAAUGGAACAAACCCACAAGCCAGAAAUGUUUUUUCCGCUUCUACCACUCUUACCACCACCUCCAUUCCCCACACAGCAGAUACCUUUCCCUAAAGGACCACCACCUGCUCUUACAACAGUUCAGCCCAUACCCAACCUCACACAUCCACAAAGGAAAAGAAAGGAAUACUCACCUACCAAAGAAUUUGAUGUACACAAAAAUUUCAAAGAAUAUUUACACAAAGAUGAUUAUAUGUCAGAAAGGAGGAAUAGGAAAUGGGAGCAUAGAGGACCAAAUAAUGUACCACGAGGGGUGCCACCACGUAUCCACAAUAGGGGAGGUAGUAGUGGUGGAGGUAGCAGUGGAACUAAUUUCAGAAGAGGUUUUGACCAAAGAGGACGCCUGGGACAGUUUCGUGGAAGGUUUGGUCAACGGCGGGGAGGAAGUAAUGGUAGCAGCUUUCGUGGACCCCAUCAGCGCCAUAAGUUUGAUGGAGUACAGAAUGAGUGGGAUGAAGAAAUACGUAAUUUUGAACAGCGAAAAGCAAGAGAAAUGGACAGGGAACGAAGAAAACGUAGACCUUCCAGGUCUCCAUCACCAAAUCGGAGACGACGUCAAAGAAAAAUCUCAGCUUCAAAUAGUAACUAAAAGUUUUAUGUAGCACAAGCUUUAAUAUUGAUCUCUUGUUUUAUACAAUGAUGAACACUGUAUAUAUUGUACAGUUUAAGAAAUUGUACAUUUUAAAAAUUGUGUAAAUAUAACAUAUAUAUAUUGACUAUAAUUGUAUAUUUGUGCAGAAAAGUUAUGUCUAAACCUAACAAUGUGUACCUGCAACAUUUAUUUUUCAUUUUAUUUAGGUAUGUUAAUUAUACUGCUUAAACAUUAGUGAUAUGUUUUAGAUUUUUUAGUCAUAUUCACCAAAAAGACUCUUAUCUAAUUUUAUAAAUUAAACUGAUAAUUGAUUCAUACCAUAACUUCUUAAAUUAUGGUAAAUCACGCAAGGUUUUUGUUUUACUUUAAAAAUAAAGUUAAAUUUUUAAAACUUGUCAAUGUGCAAUUAAUUAUU